AUGGUGCAAUAUGGAGGGGCUCAGAAACGAGACACGGGCGUUGUAGAAGUCGAGGGCAGACAGUAUACGUAUGAUAUGGACUCACGGGAGAGACUCAAGGUCCGCAACAUGCUUGAGAGACAGAAAAAGGCUGGCAAGACCAGUGUAGAGAUUGGAAAAUAUCUCCUCCAGACGUAUAAUAAUCGGGACCAAGGACUUGGGGGUAUGGUGACGUAUUUGUUUGGCAACGGGAAUCCAUACGUUAGCAUCACUGCUAUUGUUAUGAAGGCUGUUGGCUUGAAUCCACCGGUCCAGAACGGCUAUAGAGCAGAGUCAGCUUAUGCUACUCCAACGCCUUCCCGCCCAUCUCCAAAUGGCCAUAAGUUGUUGAAGUAUGAGGCUAGCAGCCGGGCUGGUACUCCUGCGCAAGACACAGUUAACCCAAAGUACACCCUUGAAGACAGUGAGGAGCCUCCCUUUUUGCGGCCGGCUACGCUCGAGCGUAUCCAGCGGGGAUAUUUCGAUCCAAAGCUUGACUGGGGGAGAAAGUAG